AAAUGUUUAUUUUUUCUUCUUUGAUAAUAGAAUUAUGUAAAAUUAUAUAUAUAAGUAGUUGAUAUAAAAUAUAUAUACGAAUAAGAGUAAGAUUCCUUAAUUUUGCCCUUCAAAGAUACUUGUUUAUCUAAGAAAAUAUUUAUAUGAAUUAAUUGAAUAAUGAAUGGAUAUCAAAUAUUUUCGGUACAUAAUUUAGCAAAAAUAGCUUUUUGCGGAAGUAUUCUUAUAACAACUAUGGGAUAUACUUUAAAUUAUUAUAUUGAUAAAAGAAUUCGAAGAACAUUAGUAUAUAGAAGCGCACUGGAAAUAUUUUAUAAUCAUAAGAAGACUAUUGAACAUUUGGGACAACCGAUAAAAGAAGGAAAAAUAAAAGCUGAAUCUAAUAAUGAAAAUAGUGAUAUUAAGAAAUUCAGUCUUUAUGUAAAAGGAAUUAAUACUAAAGGAAAAUUAAAUUGUGAGUAUCAAGUUGAGUCAGACAAAAGUGAAAUCAAGAUAAAAAAAGUAGAAAUUGAAUUUAAUGAUGUUCCUAAUAAAAUCUUUGUGAUUCAUGAACAGAUAAAAUAAUGAAAUAUAUUGUUUUAUUUUGUAUUUCUCUUAUAUUUUUCUGGUAUUGUGUAAAAGUUUACAAAAGCAUAUUACUGUAUAAAUUUCAAAAAAGAGUUAAUAUGACAUCUUAAUUAUAUUUAAUAUUAUAAAAUUAUAAAUAAAUAUAAUUAAUUUAUUUAA